AUGACGUUGCUGCUUCGACAGUUACAAAAAAGCCGGAAGCGUCGCCGAGCCGCCUCAGGAGGCGUCGUUUCUAACCUCCUUUGCGGUACAACCAUUUCUCCAUCAUCUCUUCCGACGCGUUCGAUGCUGUCUCCUAUCGUUUCUGGAGUCGCCUCCAAGACAACUUCCACCACCAUCAGUCCCGCCCUACAUAUUCCAUCGCAUUUGACCUCAGAAUCCGGUCUUUUGCGAGCCUCAGACGUCCCGGAAAUGAUUUCGCACAGGCGGGAGAACUUUAUUCGUUACUUAGACUCGAUCUGGACAGGAGAUCAAUGUCGUCAACAGCAAUCCCAAGCUGGACUUACACUCAUGACCGGUUCUGAUUGGCAUCCUGAAGCCUUUGCUUGUAAGUCUUCUUAG